ACGCAGGACUGGCGGCUGGAGGCGGAUCGGGCAGUGAUGAGGGCCCGGGGCCUUCUCUCCGGUUGUGAGGUUGCGGAUCUCACGUUGGACUUGGCUUCUUCUCGGUCCCGGGUCUGUUCGACGACCGUUCGGACAGGCGAUGGUGUUAGUAAUCCUGGGCUCGGUCCAGCGGGACGGCCGGGCCUGGGCCUAGGUCUAGGCCGGGGAUGUGUACAGGUGGUCCUCCACAGGAUGAGGCUCCAGCCCGGCCAGGGCCAGGGCCAGGGCCAGGGCCAGGGCCAGCGGCAGCGGCAGGACGUGCUCCGGAGAGGGUUCGCCGUGUCAGCAGCAGCAUUGCAGUAUAGCUUGAAGAAAAUGGAUCUGCCUCCAUUAGAAAGUCGAAAGUUCUAUUUUGAUACUCAUGCAGUCGUACGUGAAUUGGAAGGAUAUGGUUUCAGCAGUAAGCAGUCAGAAGUUGUGGUAGCUGCGCUACUGAGAGUCAUGAACUCCAGUAUGGAAGUUAUGUAUAAGGAUAUGGCGACCAAAAUUCAACAAGAGGUAAUGCUUCAACAGAUUAUGUCACACAUAACUGCUGUGAAAAAGGAUAUGAUUAUUCUGGAGAAGAGUGAGUUUUCAGCAAUACGAACUGCAAAUGAGAAACUAAAAAUUGAAUUGCAACAGCUCAAAAAACAGUUAGUGGAUGAAGUUGUCAAGAUAUCAUCAAACAACAAAUUAGACAUGAAUUUGGAAAAAAGUAGAGUUCAAGAAAUGUUAACGGGGCAUGAAAGGAGAGUACUGGAAACCAGAGCUGAUAUAGUUGAGUUGCAUUCACAGCAAAACCGAGCUGUGACUCAAAUAAAUCGAAAGAUAGACACUGAAGUAGCAGGACUGAAAACUCUGUUAGAGUCUCACAAACUUGACACAAUUAAAUAUUUAGCAGGUUCAGUUUUCACGUGUCUUACCAUAGUACUUGGAUUUUAUCGUCUCUGGGUAUGAAAUUUAAUCGCUAACUGGAACUUAGUUUUCAUCUUCAAGUUAUCAGGAAAAGGAGCCGUAGUGAUUUAAAUAAAAAGCAGAGGUACAAUCAUUUGAGAAGGUUUGAAUGCCUUAAUCAAGAUUUUUAUGUAUUAAUUUACUUCAAAGUGUAAACGUAAUGAGUUUGUACUGUAAUAUAUCAAAUCUUAAUUUUGUUACCAAAUUUGUUGAUAAAAUGUGUAUCACUUCUGGUGAUGUAAAUUAAGGAUUGCACAUGUAAAUUUUGUAUUAAAACAUUUUGCAUUUA